UUGGCCAUCGUGGAGAGCAAAUAUUUAACAAUUGAGGGGGGGGGGGGGCUUUUUUCGAUUGGGUCCUGCAACAUGCAUUUGUUUCUGCUUCCGCCUCUGUUCAGAGAAUUACCAUUAUACAUUCUAAAUGUAUAAUUUUAAAUGUAAUAUUUAAAUCUUGCUUUCUUUUUUCCUAAAACAGGCGCAAACAAGGUGCAGGAACCAAGAGGGGAUCUCUGAAGGUGACAUGAACCACGGAAUUAUCUGGAGCAGCAGGUGCACUUUAAAUAAGAAUUGGAGAUAACAGCUGAAGACCGCCUUCUGAAGAGACUCUCCUGCCUGUGUUUUUAUUUCGUCCAGGGUUUUCCAAUCCCCAGACUAAAGUAAAGGCACUAAGAGUUCACAAAGCACUCGGAUUAGACAGGCGACCAUGGCUUCAUUAAUUAGAAACAAGAUUUCAAAUAAACUGUCAAAUGCAGCCACUUCGGUGUCCCAUAAGUCGCAGGCGAAGGUCAGCGGGAUGUUUGCUAAACUGGGCUUUCAGGCCGCGACUGACGAGGAAGGCUUGGGGUUCGCCGCCUGCGACGACUUGGAUUACGAGUACAGACAAGGAAUGCAAAUGGACAUUCUCAAUACCGAUGGGGUUGGUGGAGAGGGCGACGGAGCGGGCGGCGGAGACGGAGCCGUCGAAGGGGACAGCCAUUAUCAGAGAGAUAGUGCAGGUCAUCCGCCCUCCACUUCCAAAGACGGCGGAGUGUGCAACGAGUUGGCCGCGCAAGACAAGCCAAAAAUCACAGCUUGGGAAGCGGGCUGGAACGUCACCAAUGCCAUUCAGGGCAUGUUCGUCCUUGGCCUCCCUUAUGCCAUCCUGCAUGGCGGGUACCUGGGCCUCUUCCUCAUCAUAUUCGCGGCUGUGGUCUGCUGCUACACGGGGAAAAUUCUCAUCGCCUGUCUGUACGAAGAGAACGAGGAUGGAGAGAUGGUGCGAGUGAGAGACUCGUAUGUGGACAUCGCCAAUGCCUGCUGUACGCCACGCUUUCCCUCGAUCGGCGGCCAUGUUGUGAAUGUAGCGCAGAUAAUUGAGCUGGUGAUGACCUGCAUCCUGUAUGUGGUGGUGAGCGGAAACCUGAUGUACAACAGCUUCCCCAGCCUGCCCGUGUCUCAGAAGGCCUGGUCCAUCAUCGCCACUGCCGCCCUGCUGCCCUGCGCCUUCCUCAAGAACCUCAAAGCCGUGUCCAAGUUCAGCUUGCUCUGCACGCUGGCCCAUUUCGUCAUCAACAUCCUGGUCAUCGCAUACUGCCUCUCCAGGGCGCGGGACUGGGCUUGGGACAAAGUCAAGUUCUACAUCGACGUCAAGAAGUUUCCUAUUUCAAUUGGGAUCAUCGUUUUCAGCUACACGUCGCAGAUCUUUCUGCCGUCACUGGAGGGGAACAUGCAGAAGCCGAGCGAGUUCCACUGCAUGAUGAACUGGACACACAUCGCGGCCUGCAUCCUCAAAGGCCUGUUCGCACUGGUGGCCUACCUGACCUGGGCUGACGAAACAAAGGAAGUCAUCACAGACAAUCUGCCGUCCACCAUCAGGGCCGUGGUCAACAUCUUCCUGGUGGCAAAGGCCUUGCUGUCCUACCCACUGCCUUUUUUUGCUGCCGUGGAGGUCCUGGAGAAAUCUCUCUUCCAGGAUGGAGGCCGCGCCAUCUUCCCUGACUGCUACGGGGGAGACGGGCGCUUGAAGUCGUGGGGACUGGGGCUGCGCUGCGGCCUGGUGGUGUUCACGCUGCUCAUGGCCAUCUUCGUGCCGCACUUCGCCCUGCUGAUGGGCCUGACUGGCAGCCUGACGGGCGCCGGCCUCUGCUUCCUGCUGCCCAGCCUCUUCCACCUCAGACUGCUGUGGAGGAAGCUACUGUGGCACCAGGUCUUCUUUGAUGUUGCCAUCUUCGUAAUAGGAGGCAUCUGCAGUAUCUCUGGCUUCAUUCACUCCAUGGAGGGCCUCAUAGAGGCUUUCAAAUACAAUAUUCAAGACUAAGGACUUGGUGAAAAAAGUGUUACCACACAGUCUGACUCUUCACUGAAUUCAGUCCCACACACAACAACAACAACAACAACAACAGUCCACAAUCAUAGAGCAGGCACUGAAAUCAAAGAUGUCUAUAUCCAAACAGAGAACCUGCACAAAAAUAAAUAAAAUAUCUUGGCAAAAGUGGAGGGAAUCAUCUGUUCUGUGGAGUGUAGUUUCAGAGGAACACGACCACAUUCUCACCACACAUGACUGAGUUACUGUUUUUUCACCUAUCAUUCCGACAUAUGACUUCAUGAUGGUGGUUAUGAAAAAACAGCAAUAACAUCAUUUGCUGUAUUAUGCAAAAUACUAAUAAAAUAGGUGUUAACACACAAUCAACCCAUAUUUCUGGGUUGUUGUUUAAAAUAACUUGCAAUACUGUAAUAAGCAUAUCAAAGGCAUAUCAAAAGUACACUGUAGGGCACAUUAAUGGCUAGUAUCUUUUCCGUCCAUGAAGAUGCUACUACACGUAUAAAUAAGACCGCUGUUUGUGCACAGUUGAACAGAAAUCAGCUUCUUUUAAACGAUAUACGUAUUUUAGAUGGCUGCACUGUGUGUAAAUAUUGCCGAGGAUGAGAGAAAAACAUUUAAUUAGGUAACGUAUGUCUGAAGUGCUGAAUUCUCAGAAUUGCGCAAAAUGAGUUGAACAGGCAGAAUAUCCAGUUAUGUACAGUAUAAUGAUGUAUGACUGCACUCAGCACUUCAUUGUGUAAUACUGCACAAUGAAAUGAAAAAGAAUCAUUGGACAAAAAUGUGUGACUAAUCAUGCAUUUUCAACAGACUAUAUUUAAAAGAAAAAAAAACUACAUGAUCUGAAAACAAAGGAACUGGAUAUAAGGAAUCGGCACAGACUGGAGGAAUGAAAAAAGCAGAAAUUAUAUGAGACCUGGAAACAUUUCUAUAGUUAAAUUAACGAAAGGAAAAGCAGCCCAUCCCGUUUACUCUUUGCAGGCCGAGGAUGGAACCCCCAUCUCCACCGAGAACGAAAGAACCUGCUCUCACUCGCAGCUUUGCAAAAGGAAAAAUGAUGUCGACACGAAAAAUGAUGUGAGACUCUUAAAAGUGUCCAUUCCAUUUCAUACUCUCAAGAACAUACACGUAGUGCUAUCAUUCAUUCACAUACUCCCUUUAUUUUGGAUUUAAAAUGUGCCCCUUUAACGAGGAAACCAGCGAAUCUGUCGAGUCGGCCGUGCUGUGGGAAUCCGGGGGUCGAAGUGUGUUUUUAACGAGUGUUUUAUAUUAUUAAAGAAGAGGAGCAUUAAGACAUUUCAUUCUGUGCAAUCCA